CGGGAGAGGAAGCAACGUGCGACAACCCCCGAAGGCGCAGAGGAAGAAGAAAUCGAUAGAGAGAACAUGACCAUGUCGGAUCUAUGCAAGGACCUUAAGAUUGGACGGCCAUUCAGCAUGCAUGGCGAGAUAAAAGCUCGACAAAUGAAGAAGAAGGCAGAUCUAGCCCGCGCAAAAUUACGAAAGGACCAUCCAGAGCUGAUCCCUCUCAUGGAUGCCGAGGACAAUGCUGCAUCUGGGGAGGCUGGCGAAGUGGGGGAAGCUGGGCCAUCGGGAACAAAUGCAGCUCAACCAGCAACACUAGAAGUACAAGAAGUACCAGCACCCGCUGGACCGCAAAUGCGAAUCAUCGACGGCCAAAUUGUCAUGGAUGAACGCACCCUACAAAUCGAUCGACAGAAGAAUGCCCAAGCCCAGCGACUGGAGAUGACGGAGGUCGAAGAGAACGACUUCACCCGAGUUAUCACCUCAGGAACCUGGAUGAAGAUGGAACGUUCUCAAGUUUGGGACCAUGCAGCCAACCAGCUCUUCUACGAGUGCCUGCAAGCACAUGGCACCGAUUUUGAGAUGAUAGCCAGCUACUUCCCGCACCGCAACAGACGACAAAUCAAGCUAAAGUUCAACAAAGAAGAGAGAAACAACCCACACAAAAUUACAAAAGCCAUGACGCAACCCAAGAAACCUAUCGAUCUCGAGCACUUCCAGAAGUUGUCUUCGAUUCAGUUGGUGGAUGUUGCAGAUAUUGACAAGGAGAGAGAGGAGUAUGAUCAAGAGCAAAUGGCGGAGCAAAGCAAGCAGGAAGCUGCCAGGGCUGAGGACACGAGGAAGAAGAAGGAAGCCAUCCAAGCUACUAGUGCUGCUGCU